AUGCAGCCCGACCUGGACUUUGAGACGAGUGACGACGACGAGGACGAGGAGGACGGAGAGGGCGAGGAGCAGGAAGAGGCGGUACAGCAGCAGCAGACAUCCGGAAAGAAGGGCUUCUUUGGCUCCAUCGUCAGCUCCUUUGCGUACAACAAGCCGCUGAGCAAGGCUGACCUGGAGCCGAUUUUGUCGACGCUGCGCGACCACCUGAUCGCGAAGAACGUCGCCGUGGAGAUUGCCACCCGCCUCUGCGACAGCGUCGCCACCAAGCUGGAGGGCCAGCACGUGAACACCUGGACCGGACUGAAGGGCUUCGUUCGAAACGCCCUCGAGGAGUCCAUCCUGCGCAUCCUCUCGCCCAAUCGCAAUCUGAACAUUCUCCGCGAGGUGCAGGUGAAGAACGACGCCGGCAGUCCCUACGUCAUCGUCUUCUGCGGCGUCAACGGCGUGGGGAAGUCGACCAACCUGGCGAAGAUUGCCAACUGGCUGCUGGUCAAUGGGCAGCGCGUCCUGGUGAUCGCCUGUGACACCUUCCGCGCGGGCGCCAUUGAGCAGUUGCGCACGCACAUUCACGCGCUGAAGAGCAUUCACGAGGGCGAUAAUGGUGGCGGCGCCUCAAAGAUCGACCUCUUUGAGAAGGGCUACGGCAAGGACUCGACGGGCAUCGCCAUGGAGGGCAUCCGCUACGCCGCCAACAGCGGCUACCAGGUGUGCCUGGUGGACACGGCCGGGCGGAUGCAGGGCAAUGAGCCGCUGAUGAAGCAGCUGGCGAAGCUGAUCAAGGUCAACGAGCCCGACCUGACGCUGUUCGUGGGCGAGGCGCUGGUGGGCAAUGAGGCGGUCGACCAGCUGGUCAACUUCAACAAGUCCCUGCUGGACAAUGGGUGCCGCGGGGCGCAGAACAGCGCCGUCUCCGCCAUCAACGGCAUCGUGCUGACCAAGUUCGACACCAUCGACGACCAGGUGGGCGCCGCCAUCAGCAUGACCUACAUCACCGGCCAGCCCAUUGUCUUUGUCGGCGUGGGGCAGACCUACCGCGACCUGAAGCAGCUGAAUGCUCGCGCCGUGGUGCGGGCUCUCAUGAAGUAA